CGCAGCCUCCGCCCCCCGGCCCGGGGAGGCGGCCGGCGUGUGCCCGGGGCAGCGGGUCACCAGGCUCCGCCCCGCGCCCGGCCGGGACGCACUUUGUUCGGGAUGCCGCCUCCCUCCGCGUCGCGGGGCCGGGGCCGCCGGCGGCCCUAGUGCCAGCCCGCGGCUGGACGCGGACGCGGACGCCGAGACUCCGCGAGGGCCCAGCCGGCGCGGGAGCCCGAGAACUUUCUCCUCGCGCCGAGGGCUCGGCCGCCGCGGUCCGGAUGCAAGGAGCCGGGGCCCGGGAGUGCCGGCGUGCCGCACAGUAGCCCCCGCGGCCAACUUGGUGACCAUGGACGGGACGGCCAGUGUGAACUCCGCCAGCCGCCCCCAUUAUGCCUCCUCCAUCCCCGUGCCUCGCGCUGCUUCCCAGACCAGAAUCCAGACGCCGGCUGCCUCUCCCCGGCUGCGGCCGCGCCAGGCCGGCCUGGCCCUGAGCCCCCCGCGGGCGGCCUCCCCAAGACCCACCAGGGCCCGAGGCUCUUCCAGAGGCUCCUCUCCCAGGGCCUCCCGGGGAAGAGGUUCCCCCAGGACUGUGGGGGCAGCGAGGGAGUCAACCGAGGGUGCUGAAGGGCCAGUGGGCUCCCCGUGGAACAGCCCCAGGGCCGCCCCCAAAGCUUCCAUCUCUGGCCAGGCAGGGUCCAGAAGACCCGGAGGCACACCAGGGACCCCGAGCAGGAGGCAGGCGGCCCAGGAAGGGGUUCCCCCCCGCCAGACCCGCGGCAGGAGCCCCUCCCGGACCAGUUCUCAUGGAGAAACUCAAGCACCAGGGGCUCCCGAAGGUCGAAAGCCACCUAACUACUUGGGCAAAGACCAGAGAGAUGCAGCCUUCAGAAGUCCCGGGGCCUCAAGGUCUUCGGAGCCUGAUACGAGGGCAGCUUCCGGGCCUUCCUCCCCUGCCUGCAGCCCCGUGCAGAGCCCACGCCUGCCCCCCGGCCCGGGGGCCAUCCGAUUCCCUUCGGUGCACCAGCAGAGUCAGCCUGUCACAGCCACGGUGGCCCCCUUCCAGUACAGGGUCCAGACAGACCGGGAACCUGGUCCCCUCCGCCAGGGUAGCUGGGCUCCCGAGGGCUACUCCAGCAUCCCCGGCAGGACCGAGGAGAGCCUCUCGUGCAUAGACGCGCGGAUCGUCCAUGCGCUCCUCGCGGGCAGAAUGCUGGGCGGCAGCGUCAAGAGCGUGCAGCCCGAGGUGGAGCUGAGCGGCAGCGGCGGCGACGAGGGCGCGGACGAGCCUCGGGGCGCGGGCAGGAAGGCGGCGGCGGCGGACGGCAGAGGCAUGCUGCCCAAGCGCGCCAAGGCGCCCGGCGGCGGCGGCAUGGCCAAGGCCAGCGCGGCGGAGCUGAAGGUCUUCAAAUCCGGCAGCGUGGACGGCCGAGUCCCCGGCGGGCCGCCUGCCUCCAACCUGCGCAAGCAGAAGUCGCUCACCAACCUCUCGUUCCUCACGGACUCCGAGAAAAAGAUGCAGCUCUAUGAGCCCGAGUGGAGCGACGACAUGGCCAAGGCGCCCAAGGGCUUGGGCAAGGCGGGGUCCAAAGGCCGCGAGGCUCCGCUGAUGUCCAAGACGCUGUCCAAGUCCGAGCACUCGCUCUUCCAGGCCAAGGGCGGCCCGGCCGGCGGCGCCAAGACCCCCCUGGCCCCGCUCGCGCCCAGCCUGGGGAAGCCGAGCCGGAUCCCGCGCGGCCCCUACGCCGAGGUCAAGCCGCUCAGCAAGGCUCCGGAGGCGGCCGUGAGCGACGACGGCAAGUCGGACGACGAGCUGCUCUCUAGCAAAGCCAAGGCGCAGAAGGGCUCCGGGCCCGUGCCCCCUGCCAAGGGCCAGGAGGAGCGCGCCUUCCUCAAGGUGGACCCCGAGCUUGUGGUGACCGUGCUGGGAGACCUGGAGCAGCUGCUCUUCAGCCAGGUGCUGGACCCAGAGUCCCAGAGGAAGAGGACAGUGCAGAAUGUUCUGGAUCUCCGACAGAACUUGGAAGAGACCAUGUCCAGCCUGCGAGGGUCCCAGGUGACUCACAGCUCCCUGGAGAUGACCUGCUACGACAGUGACGACGCCAACCCCCGCAGCGUGUCCAGCCUGUCUAACCGCUCGUCACCCCUCUCCUGGCGCUACGGCCAGUCCAGCCCGCGGCUGCAGGCCGGGGACGCGCCGUCGGUGGGCGGGAGCUGCCGCUCCGAGGGGCCGCCCGCCUGGUACAUGCACGGGGAGCGCGCGCACUACUCGCACACGAUGCCCAUGCGCUCCCCCAGCAAGCUCGGCCACAUCUCGCGCCUGGAGCUGGUCGAGUCCCUGGACUCGGACGACGUGGACCUCAAGUCCGGCUACAUGAGCGACAGCGACCUCAUGGGCAAGACCAUGACGGAGGACGACGACAUCACCACCGGCUGGGAUGAGAGCACCUCCAUCAGCAGCGGGCUCAGCGACGCCUCCGACAACCUCAGCUCCGAGGAGUUCAAUGCCAGCUCCUCCCUCAACUCCCUCCCGACCACACCCACCGCGUCCCGCAGGAACUCCGCCAUCGUGCUGCGCACAGACUCAGAGAAGCGCUCGCUGGCUGAAAGUGGGCUGAGCUGGUUCAGUGAAUCAGAGGAGAAGGCCCCCAAAAAGCUGGAAUACGACAGUGGCAGCCUGAAGAUGGAGCCCGGGGCAUCCAAGUGGCGGCGAGAGCGGCCCGAGAGCUGUGAUGACGCAUCCAAGAUCGGAGAACUGAAGAAGCCCGUCAGCCUGGGGCACCCCGGUUCCCUGAAGAAGGGCAAGACCCCGCCGGUGGCCGUCACCUCCCCCAUCACUCACACGGCCCAGAGCGCCCUCAAGGUCGCAGGCAAACCCGAGGGCAAAGCCACCGACAAGGGCAAGCUGGCGGUGAAGAGCGCGGGCCUACAGCGCUCCUCCUCCGACGCCGGCCGUGACCGCCUGGGCGACGCCAAGAAGCCUCCCUCGGGCCUCGCACGCCCGUCCACUGCGGGAUCCUUCGGCUACAAGAAGCCACCUCCUGCCACGGGUACCGCCACGGUUGUGCAGACCGGGGGCUCGGCCACGCUCGGCAAGGUCCAGAAGUCCUCAGGUAUCCCCGUCAAGCCGGUGAACGGACGCAAGACCAGCCUGGACGUGUCCACCAGCGCGGAGCCCGGCUUCCUGGCCCCUGGUGCCCGUUCCACCAUCCAGUACCGCAGCCUGCCACGGCCGGCCAAGUCCAGCUCCAUGACUGUGACCGGCGGGCGGGGUGGCCCCCGGCCCGUGAGCAGCAGCAUCGACCCCAGUCUCCUCAGCACCAAGCAGGGCGUCCUGACGCCUUCCAGACUGAAGGAGCCUUCCAAGGCGGCCGGUGGGCGGGCCGCUCCAGCCCCCGUCAACCAGACGGACCGCGAGAAGGAGAAGGCCAAGGCCAAAGCCGUGGCCCUAGACCCGGACAGCAUCUCUCUGAAGAGUGUGGGCUCCCCGGAAAGCACACCCAAGAGCCAGGCCAGCCACCCUCCAGCCGCCAAGCUGGCAGAGCUGCCACCCACCCCCCUCAGGGCCACAGCCAAGAGCUUUGUCAAGCCACCCUCACUCGCCAACCUCGACAAGGUCAACUCCAACAGUCUGGAUCUCCCAGCAUCCAGCGACGCCCACGCUCCAAAGGGCCCAGAGCUGCAUGCUCCAGGCUCCACCACGGGGGCCCCCCUCUCUUCGUGCUUCACCCCCAGUCCAGCCCCCAUUCUCAACAUCAACUCUGCCAGCUUCUCCCAGGGCCUGGAGCUCAUGACUGGGUUCAGUGUCCCCAAAGAGACCCGCAUGUACCCCAAGCUCUCAGGCCUGCACAGGAGCAUGGAGUCCCUACAGAUGCCAAUGAGCCUGCCCAGUGCCUUCCCCAGCAGCGCCCCCAUCCCCACACCCCCCGUGCCCCCCUCCGCCCCUACCGAGGAGGAUACCGAAGAGCCGACCUGGAGCGGAAGCCCCAGGACGGGACAGCUGGACAGUGCUCAGCGGGAUCGGAAUACUCUUCCCAAGAAGGGGCUCAGGUACCAGCUGCAGUCCCAGGAGGAGGCCAAGGAGAGGCGCCACUCGCACACCAUCGGGGGGCUGCCCGAACCCGACGACCAGUCAGAGCCGCCCUCCCCCCCUGCGCUGUCCAUGUCCCUGAGUGCCAAGGGCCAGCUCACCAACAUAGUGAGUCCCACUGCGGCCACCACGCCAAGAAUCACCCGCUCCAACAGCAUCCCCACCCACGAGGCGGCCUUCGAGCUGUACAGCGGCUCCCUAAUGGGGAGCACCCUGUCCCUGGCCGAGAGACCCAAGGGGAUGAUUCGGUCGGGAUCCUUCCGGGACCCCACGGACGAUGUUCACGGCUCAGUGCUGUCCUUGGCCUCCAGCGCCUCCUCUACCUACUCCUCAGCUGAGGAGAGGAUGCAGUCCGAGCAAAUCCGGAAGCUGCGGAGGGAACUGGAAUCGUCCCAGGAAAAAGUGGCCACCUUGACGUCCCAGCUUUCGGCCAACGCCAACCUAGUGGCAGCUUUUGAGCAGAGCCUGGUGAACAUGACGUCACGCCUACGGCACCUGGCAGAGACGGCCGAGGAGAAGGACACUGAGCUGCUGGACCUACGAGAAACCAUAGACUUUCUGAAGAAGAAGAACUCAGAGGCCCAGGCCGUCAUUCAGGGAGCUCUCAACGCCUCAGAAGCCACGCCCAAAGAACUGCGGAUCAAGAGGCAGAACUCCUCGGACAGCAUCUCCAGCCUCAACAGCAUCACCAGCCACUCCAGCAUCGGCAGCGGCAAGGAUGCUGACGCGAAGAAGAAGAAGAAAAAGAGCUGGGUCUACGAGCUCCGAAGUUCCUUUAACAAAGCCUUCAGCAUAAAGAAGGGGCCCAAGUCGGCGUCCUCAUACUCCGACAUCGAGGAGAUUGCCACGCCCGACUCCUCGGCCCCCUCGUCCCCCAAGCUGCAGCACGUGUCCACGGAGACCGCCUCGCCCUCCAUCAAGUCCUCCACCUCGUCCUCUGCGGGCACCGACGGCCCUGAGGCCCCCACCCACUCCGCUCCCCACGCCAGGCUGUUCCACGGCAGCGAGGAGGAGGAGCCAGAGAAGAAGGAGGUGUCAGAGCUGCGCUCGGAGCUGUGGGAGAAGGAGAUGAAGCUCACGGACAUCCGCCUGGAAGCCCUCAACUCCGCGCACCAGCUGGACCAGCUGCGGGAGACCAUGCACAACAUGCAGCUGGAGGUGGACCUGCUGAAAGCCGAGAACGACCGGCUGAAGGUGGCCCCGGGCCCCGCAGCAGGCUCUGCUCCGGGGCAGGUCCCGGGAUCAUCAGCGCUGCCGUCCCCUCGCCGCUCCUUAGGCCUGGCGCUCUCCCACCCCUUCAGCCCGAGUCUUGCAGACACAGACCUGUCCCCCAUGGACGGCAUCAGCUCCUGUGGCCCCAAAGAGGAAGUGACUCUCCGGGUGGUGGUGAGGAUGGCCCCCCAGCACAUCAUCAAAGGGGACUUGAAGCAGCAGGAGUUCUUCCUGGGCUGCAGCAAGGUCAGUGGGAAAGUGGACUGGAAGCUGCUGGACGAAGCUGUCCUCCAGGUGUUCAAGGACUACAUUUCCAAGAUGGACCCAGCGGCAACGCUGGGUCUGAGCACCGAGUCCAUCCACGGCUACAGCAUCAGCCACGCGAAACGCCUGCUGGACGCCGAGCCCCCAGAGCUGCCCCCCUGCCGCCGAGGGGUCAACAACAUUGUGGUCUCCCUCAAAGGUCUGAAGGAGAAGUGCGUGGACAGCCUGGUAUUCGAGACGCUCAUCCCCAAGCCCAUGAUGCAGCACUACAUAGGCCUCCUGCUCAAGCACCGGCGCCUCGUCCUGUCCGGCCCCAGCGGCACCGGCAAAACCUACCUGACCAACCGCCUGGCCGAGUACCUGGUGGAGCGCUCAGGCCGCGAGGUCACCGAGGGCAUCGUGAGCACCUUCAACAUGCACCAGCAGUCCUGCAAGGAUCUGCAGCUCUAUCUUUCCAACUUGGCCAACCAGAUAGAUCGGGAGACAGGGAUUGGGGACGUCCCCCUGGUGAUCCUGCUGGAUGACCUCAGUGAAGCAGGCUCCAUCAGCGAGCUGGUCAACGGAGCCCUUACCUGCAAGUAUCACAAAUGUCCCUACAUUAUAGGUACCACUAAUCAGCCUGUAAAAAUGACACCCAAUCACGGCUUGCACCUGAGCUUCAGGAUGCUGACAUUCUCCAACAACGUGGAGCCCGCCAACGGCUUCCUGGUUCGCUACCUGCGGAGGAAGCUGGUGGAGUCAGACAGCGACAUCAACGCCAACAGGGAGGAGCUGCUGCGGGUGCUGGACUGGGUGCCCAAGCUGUGGUACCACCUGCACACCUUCCUAGAGAAGCACAGCACCUCGGACUUCCUCAUCGGGCCCUGCUUCUUUCUGUCCUGCCCCAUCGGCAUCGAGGACUUCCGGACCUGGUUCAUCGACCUGUGGAACAACUCCAUUAUCCCCUACCUGCAGGAAGGGGCCAAGGAUGGCAUCAAGGUUCACGGGCAGAAAGCUGCUUGGGAGGACCCGGUGGAGUGGGUCCGGGACACCCUUCCCUGGCCGUCAGCCCAACAAGACCAGUCAAAGCUGUACCAUCUGCCCCCACCCACUGUCGGCCCUCACAGCAUGGCCUCACCCCCCGAGGACAGGACGGUCAAGGACAGCACCCCAAGUUCCCUGGACUCAGACCCUCUGAUGGCCAUGCUGCUGAAACUUCAGGAAGCUGCCAAUUAUAUCGAGUCUCCAGACCGAGAAGGCAUCCUAGACCCCAACCUCCAGGCAACGCUUUGAGGCCUGGUGGCCAAUCACCCAGACAGUGGGCCACGGACACCAGCCUCGGGCCGCCUCCCUGCCCCCGCUUGCUCCAGAGCGGCCGUGAGGACAGGAGGGGGAGGCGGAAGGAGGGGCGGGUUCCCGGUGCUGCACCUUCAAGAACUCCUAGUGGGACUGGUGGGUGGAAUCGGGGAACUUGCGUCCCCAGAUGCAUCUCCUGGCCUCUGCUCAUGACUUUGGGGAAAAGAUGAUUCUGGGUCUUUUCCCUUGAUUUCUGGUCUCAGUCACAAACUCCUGGGCUUUCUGGGGAGGGGUUCAGGAGACAUAGGACCAACCUGCAGUCGUUCCUAACUGACUCUUGCAAACAGCCCUAUGGGGGUGUGGGGGCCCCCCCAGGUGGGGGCCCCCCGAACUUCCCAUAGACCCUGCCCGGUUCCAUCACCACUGCCAACAGCACCCACCCCCCCGGAUCUCGCUGCAGCCCAGGAAAAGAAGCAUGUGGUUUAAAAAUGUUUAAAUCAAUCUUAAAAGACAAAAAGACAAAAAAAAAAAAAAAAAAAAAAAGACAAAGAAAAAGCAGAAGCUGGAAAGAGAAUAUCCAGUUGCCGAGGUGGAGAGAGUGCUGCCCCCCCCCCGCCCCCUCCGCCCGAUGACACAGGGGACGCCAGUGAGAUGGCUGCCCAUCUAAGACGUCACCAGACCACAAAGAUACCAUCACAGCCUUCAGAGACACACACGGCUGGCUGUCUCACACCCUCUAAUUUAACACGCAUGAGUCAAUAAACCCUCAGUUUUUUUUAUUUUUUAUUUUUGCUUUCCAUUCGUUUUGUUUCCCUUUUUUCCCCUCCCAUCUGCUGAUUUACUUUCCUUCUCAUUUUCUGGUUUUUUUCCCAUCGCCUCCCGUGUCCACGAGCUGCUUGCAUUGUUUUCCAGGGGCUGGUUUGGCCUUUCCAAGUGGCUCUUUGGACACUGAUGCCAUCUGAUUGGCACCAGCUAGCCACCCACCAUUGCCCCUGUCUCUGGCAUCCUUGGGGCUCACGUGGGACAGGAAACAUCAGCUCAGCAGCAGUGGGACAAGAGGGCUCUCACUUCCCUUGUGAGAAAGCACGCACUACGCCCGGGAGCUCAACAGCCAGCCUCUGCACACAACUGCAUCGUCCUGUGGUGAUGGGAGGUCCACCCUGAGCUGCACCAUGGGCUGGAGGAAAACCAGAAACUAGGAAUAUGCCUCCGUCUUGUAUCCUGUUCGGCCCCUCACCGCACUAUUCUGAUGGCCACCACUUUGUCCAACUGAAUCUAGAGUCCCGAGCUGGCCAUUAUGUUGGUUCUGAACAGGUGGGUGUUCAUGUAUGCAUGGAAAUCCAUAGGAGAUGCUCCCAGUCAGUGUAUAAGGCUCAAGGACUUGGAUUUGGUGGCAAAGAUCUGCCUUGUGUAGGGAUCCACCUCUUGCAGAAGCUGCCCCGAAGGUCCGGCAGUCUUAAAUCCUCCAUUGGACAAGCACUUAUUGGGCACCUACUGUAUACACCCACUAGGUUAAAAAAGAGAGACUUGGGCCCUUACAUUCACAGCCUAGUAGGAAAUGUUCUCUCCAUCAAGCAUGUAUGUUCUGCUCUCUGGACCUUCAGGAUCACCCAAGAAAUGCAGCCAGAAGCCAAGGAGCCCACCAGGAAGGAGCCUGGGAGUCACUGUCGCGCACUGGGGUUGGUGCCCUGAGCGGGAUCAAUGAGGGACAGAACCAGUGGGGACAGCUAGGGGUCUGGCUUAUCUCGUGAGGGCAGGUCCUGCCCUUUCUGAAGUCCCCAUGCGACCAGCCUACCCUGCUUCCUGGGUAGGCCGCCGUCUCAGGCUCUGGAGACCGGGACGCAGGACAAGCCUGGGCCCAGGCCUUCGAGUCCAGCUUCCAACAGCACAGGGCCUUCUCAGAACCCAGCGGCGCGCUCACCCGGCUCUGUCCCACCACACCAAGGAGCUGAUGCUUUGCAUCCUCAGAUGACAAAGGGUCCAGAAGGCAGUCCAGGCUGCUCCCUCAAAGAGCUCCUGCAGCCAUCGGAUGGCUCCCGGGGCGGCAGGGUCCAAGGUGCUGGCGUUAGUACCGCUGCUGGGUCUGUGAGCUGCAGUGGUCCCAACUCGGCUGCACAGUGUACAGUUCUGCGGGGAGGAGGCUGCUUGUCCAAGGCUGGUGCUGACACCUCUGCCUUAAGGUCUCUGUCUGCGGAGCGAGGAGGCCCAGAGCGGGGUUCUGCCCUGGAAGGAGGGGAAGAUCGCCCGAGGGGCCUGCUUUGGGCGCAGGCCUCUCCUGACCCUUCUCGGCUCCAGCCCCGUGGCCGUCUUUGCCCUGCGGUCGGGCCCUUAGCUCUCUUCUCGGUGCUGCCCAGCCAGUGCCUUCGGUCCUGGGCGUUACUGGCUACUUGAGAAAAAGGAAAGGGGUGAACCCCUUCCUCCAUCCAACUGCCUCAGACACCCCCUCCCCACCCCGGCAAAGCGAUUCCUGCCUCCCUGUAACCAUGGCUACCACCGAGAAUUUUAGCUGGACCCUUGGCAGCGCGGCUCUGGAAGCCUGUGGCGUUACCACGUUUCCCCUCUGAGCCUGGGAUCCACAGCUCUGCUUUCAGUGGACGCUGCCCUGAGCCCAGUCGUCAGUGGCUUUCCUGCAGCAAGUGUGUUCCCAACCGGCCAGGUGGCAUCAGCCUCCAUGUUCCCUCUGCAGCCUGGGACCCCUGGCCACCGGCCAUCUCCCAGGGACCUCCGGGUCGUGGCGACUGCAGGAGGCCAACCCUCGUGGUGCUAGAACCCUGGGGACACUGGUCCAGACCUCGGAAGCCGAAACCCACGCUCCUCUCACCGCCCUGAGUGCCCAGAGCAGGCUCAAGGCGUCCUCCUACCUACGCACCUCCACCUGCUUCUCGACUCAGACCCCUGGGAUCCCUCAAAAAAAGAAGCCGGGUCCCAGAGCGAAACUCAACCCCCCCAGGCGCCUUGAGAAGAUCACAGGCUCUCAAGGACAGGGGUGUGUGCUGCCCCUCCCCUAGCCCCCAGGCCCCCUCCUUACCAACGCUGCAAGCAGAGGGUAUGGUUCAACGCCCAGCCCCUGGGAGGUGCCUGCUCGGCCCCUUGUUUCUGGAAGAAGACCAAUCCGUUUGUCCCAUGUGCGUGCUGUGCUCUCAGUCCCCGCCUAGGCACUCAGAAUAAAGCACUAGGUAACUGGAGGCCAA